UGAGGGAGGGUUUGGGGGUCCCGCCGCCAUGGUGGCGCACGACGAGCUCGGCGGGCUGCUGCCCAUCAAAAGGACUAUCCGGGUCAUCGACGCGCAGAACCAGCACUUCAGGGAGCAGGAGGAGCCAAGCACGAAACGGGUCCGGCCUUUAGCACGAGUCACCUCCCUGGCCAACCUGAUCUCCCCCGUCAGAAAUGGGGCAGUUCGGCGCUUUGGGCAGACAAUCCAGUCGUUCACCCUGCGCAGCGACAGCAAAUCCCCUGGCUGUGCCCAGAAGUCGUGCAGCAGGUCUGCUGCUCCCACUCCCCCCAAGAGAAGGAACAGUGUCCUUUGGUCUGAGAUGUUGGAUGUGAACACGAAGGAAUCCCUGAGCACCAAGGAAAUCAAACGCCAGGAGGCCAUCUAUGAAAUGUCCAGGGGAGAGCAGGACCUGAUUGAAGACCUGAAGCUGGCCAGAAAGGCCUACCACGACCCCAUGCUGAAACUCUCCAUCAUGUCUGAGGAGGAGCUCACCCACAUUUUUGGGGACUUGGAUUCCUACAUUCCUCUGCAUGAAGACUUACUGGCAAGCUUGGGAGAAGCAACAAAACCAGAUGGAACCGUGGAGCAGAUUGGGCCUAUCCUUGUGAAGUGGCUACCCCGACUGCACGCCUACAAAGGCUACUGCAGCAACCAGCUGGCAGCCAAAGCGCUGCUGGACCAGAAGAAGCAGGACAGGAGGGUGCAGGAUUUCCUGCAGCGCUGCCUCGAGUCUCCCUUCAGCCGCAAGCUGGACCUGUGGAGCUUCCUGGACAUCCCUCGGAGCCGCCUGGUCAAAUACCCCCUGCUCCUCAAGGAGAUCCUGAGGCACACCCCCAAGGAGCACCCCGACAUCCACAUCCUGGAGGAGGCUAUAUCCAUAAUCCAAGGAGUCCUCUCUGACAUCAACCUGAAGAAGGGUGAGUCUGAGUGCCAGUACUACAUUGACAAGCUGGAGUACCUGGAUGAGAAGCAGAAGGAUCCAAGGAUUGAAGGCAGCAAAGCUUUGCUGUGCCACGGGGAGCUGAAGAACAAAAAUGGACACAAGCUCUACGUCUUCCUCUUCCAAGAAAUCCUGGUGCUGACGCGGCCGGUGACCCGCAACGAGCGCCAGGCGUUCCAGGUGUACCGGCAGCCCAUCCCUGUGCAGGAGCUGCUCCUCGAGGACCUCCAGGAUGGAGAUGUCAAAAUGGGGGGCUCCUUCCGAGGGGCUUUUGGCAAUUCUGAUAAAGCCAAGAACAUCUUCCGAGUGCGUUUCCAGGAGCCCGGCCCGGGCCAGUCGCACACGCUGCAGGCCAACGACGUGUUCCACAAGCAGCAGUGGCUGAGCUGCCUCCGCGCCGCCAUCGCCCCCUUCCGCCGGAGCGCUCCCGGCCCCGAGCUCGCCGAGCUGCCCGAGCUGAGCGAGGAGUGCGAGGAGAACAACCCCAACAACCCCAACAAUCCCAACAGCCGGGGAAUGGGAAUGUCCCACGUGGAGCCGGAGCAGAGCGCGGCCCUGCCGGACUCGGGGGAAGCCAAGGGGCUCAAAUCCCACAGGAGCUCGUCGGGGCACCGGAAAUGCAGGGAGAAGCAGCUCAGCGGGAAGCGGAAAGAAACGCUGGUGUAGCGUAAGGAGGCACGGGAGCCCGGGGAAAGGCACCUGGGGUUGGGAAAACUGUUAAUUUAUAAAUAAUUCCGUGUACAUUUUGUACCGGGAGCGCUUGGGGGCGCUCUGCGGAUCAGAGCCUGGGUUUGUGUUGGAAUGGCAGCUACUGGUGUGCAGUUACUGUUGAGCUGGGGGCUGUUUUUACACUCUGAACCCACGAGGGGUGUCCAGAACCCUCAUGGCACUUCUGAAGAGCAAAUUUGGGCUCCUGGAAGUUUCCCACAGCCAUGGUAGAGGAUGGAAAAUAAAGUGGAAUUUUGGGCAGCACUGGGGGUUUUGAUCAACACUGCAGAAGUCCCUUAAAGGACUCAACACCUGAAGUCACUCUGCUGUGUGGUUAUGGUAAUUCCUGCAAAUUUGCAUGUUCCAAAAGGAAAAUCCUACAAAAACAGACCCCAAUUCAACAGGUUCUCAAUUCACCUACUGGAAUCUUUGAUCUUUGUGUGUCCUUUGUACAUUCCUCUGUCUCACUCUUGUAUCCUGCCAACUAUUUAAAUUUUUUUAUUAGUUUUGUUUCAAGUUUGGGGGUUGGGAUUUUGGGGUGGUUGGUUUUUUUUUUGUUUCCUUUGAUUGUUUUUUUUUUAUUUUUGUAUUUUUGUUGCUCAGACUUGGCAUUUCCUUUCCAGUACUUGAUCCUUCGUGCUCCGAGGGGUGAUGCCCCAAAGAGCAAUCCACGGGCUGGGGGGAGACACUACUGAAAGAGAACUGCUUUACUCUAGGGUGUAGGAAGGUUGUAGGCACGUUGUACAAGGGUUUGGGGAGCAGUGAGUAGAGGGGUAGCAGGGAGUGAAGGUAGAUUCCGCGUUUUUGUUGCCUUUUGGAAAUGAAACACUUCCCACAGGGAAGCAGGACUUGGAGGCAACCAAGGGGUUCUUGCAUGUGGUAGAAAGGUAGAGGAGAGGAAGAGUUGGAGCUGUGAGGAGACGAGGAGGAGGAGGAGUGGUUGUAAAUACUCAGGGUGGCAGCACUGCCAUCUUCUAGCACUCCAAAGAUGCAGGGAAAAUCCAGGGAGAGACCCAGCUUGGGAAUGGCACUGCAGAGUCAUGGGAAGCAAGGUGGUGACAGCUCUGAGCACAGCAAAAUCCAGGAUGGGCACUGGGAUCCUGCAGUCCCUGUGACCCAAAAUCCAGGACUGGGAUCCUGCAAUCCCUGUGACCCAAAAUCCAGGACUGGGGUCCUGCAGUCCCUGUGACCCAAAAUCCAGGACAGGGAUCCUGCAGUCCUUGUCACCUGAAAUCCAGGAUUGGGAUCCUCCAAUCCCUGUGACCCAAAAUCCAGGACUGGGAUCCUGCAGUCCCUGUGACCCAAAAUCCAGGACUGGGAUCCUGCAGUCCCUGUGACCCCAAAUCCAGGAUGGGGAUCCUGCAGUCCCUGUCACCUGAAAUCCAGGACUGGGAUCCUCCAAUCCCUGUCACCUGAGAUCCAGGAUUGGGGACUGGGAUCCUGCAGUCCCUGUGACCCAAAAUCCAGGAUUGGGAUCCUGCAGUCCCUGUGACCCAAAAUCCAGGACUGGGAUCCUCCAAUCCCUGUGACCCAAAAUCCAGGAUGGGGAUCCUGCAGUCCCUGUGACCCAAAAUCCAGGAUUGGGAUCCUGCAAUCCCUGUGACCCAAAAUCCAGGAUUGGGAUCCUGCAAUCCCUGUGACCCAAAAUCCAGGAUUGGGAUUCUGCAGUCCCUGUGACCCAAAAUCCAGGAUGGGGAUCCUGCAAUCCCUGUGACCCAAAAUCCAGG